CAAACAUGUACUCACAGCAACCUGUAGGAACUGGACAGCUGCCCCUCGCGGGCGCAAUCCUGUGCUGCACCGCCCUGCCGCACGAGCAACGCGUAGGAUGGACUUGCAUUUGCCAUGUACCGCCAGCUGAUAUGCUCUGACAGGCACACCUCUCGGUCAUCGGCGCACAGAUGGGCGCGACCAUCAAGCUCGACCUCACCUCCGACGUAACUCACCUUAUCGCCGGCAACGCGGACAGCGCCAAAUACCGCUAUGUCGCCAGGCUCCGAGAGGAUGUCAAGGUCUUGUCGCCGGGUUGGCUGGAGGCGCUGCGCGAGGUCUGGAUGGAGGGGGACGACGGCAUGGACGUGGCAGGCUUAGAGAAGCAGUACCGUCUGCCCACAUUCUUUGGACUCAAAAUCUGCCUUACGGGCUUCGACAACCCGGAGCAACGGAAGUAUAUUCAAGAGACAGUCGACCAGAACGGGGCUGAGUAUCAUGGCGAUCUCACCAAGAGCGUCACCCACCUCAUUGCCGCCGCCCCGACUGGUAAGAAAUACGAGCAUGCGCUUAAUUGGCGCAUUAACAUUGUCUCCCUAGAAUGGUUUGUGCAAAGUCUCGAGCGGGGCAUGGUGCUGGAAGAGGCGCGCUAUGACCCCACACUGCCAGCGGAAGAGCGCGGGAAGGACGCAUGGAUUCGCACCGAGAACCCUUCACCGGCUCUUGGCAAGCGCAUGCGGGAUGCCGAACAGCCUCAAUCCCUCAAUCCCAAUCGACGGAAGCUUCGUCGCGCAGCCAGCACAAAACUCGGGUUUCAAGGCGAUGCGUUGUGGGCUGAGAUCAUCACGCCAUCUGGUGACCAAGGCAAGACCGAAGAGGACGAGUGGAAAGAGGACAAUUUGUUCCAGCAGACGACACCGCACGAAGACUCGCCUGUGAUACUCCAUGACGACGAAGCACCUCAUCCAGACGAGCCCGAGGACACCGAUGCACCUACACCUGCCGCCGCAGCUCCGUCACCGCCACCAGAAUUAUUUCGAGGCGAAGGCAUCUUCCAAGGUCGCGUCAUCGGCAUUCAAGGCUUCGAUCAAGACAAGAACAGCAUUCUACAAAACCAUCUAGAGAAGAACGGCGCCCGUGUCCUAGGCAGCGAUGACUUGGAGAAACUCACUUCAUCGAAUCUCAGGCGUGGAUAUCUCGUGAUACCGCAUGAUGUUGAGGUCGAUGCUGUGUCCCGAUCGCUUCCGGAGCGCGCCGGAUCCUUAAUGAACCUCGUUACUAAUUGGUGGGUUGAGCGCUGUCUCUAUGGGAAGCGCCUAGUAGACCCCACAGACGACGUCUUGAGUCGACCUUUCGAUAAGCUUAGCAUCAACGGGUUCUCCGGUCUAACUGUGAACUCGACGGGAUUUUCUGGCAUCGAGCUCCUGCAUGUGACGAAAGCUGUUACACUCAUGGGUGCAAACUAUGACGAACAAUUGCACGCCAAAACCUCGGUCAUCAUCUGUAAUAGCCGAAAGCCAGCCCCACAAAAACUGAAGUUCGCCACGAAUAGACAUAUCCCAGCUGUGCAUGCAGAAUGGCUGUGGGAUUGUUUGCGCACUGGCGCGUUGCGACCGUUCAGCAGUUACAUGCUGAAUACGCUUGAACCGCGCCAGCCUCAGAAGACGCGGCCAAGGCCUCAGUUGGCUGAGAAACCCACGCUUGCGUCCGCCAAACAGGACACUUCGAAGCCUCAAGAAAAAGAACGUAGAGCAGAACCACCAAAGAUUGUGACAAAGCCACAAUACUCUCGUGCACGAGGGCCUCAAGGACCCCGAGCUCUUGACCUUGCCCCCUCAGCGGGUGCAACACCUGCUUCCACAGGUGAUCUUCUUAUAAUGCAAGCAGAAAGCACUCGCACUUCCCACGCUAUUGAUAAUGAAGACUUAUUCAGGGGCUUCGACGGCAAUCCAUCGAUGCCACUGCAGGACAUUGAUGCUAAUUCCCCACGACGUCCAUCCACAUCAUCCACAGGGUCAACUACCCAUGGCAAAUUCAAGGCUAGACAUAGGAGCUCAUCUGCUGAAUCUUUGAUCAGAGCUGCGCCUGCACCGCGCACCACAAGGCCAGCUCGAGAACCAUCACCCGAUUCUGUAAUCCCCGCGCCAUCCGAGCCACCAGCACCAGUGUCUGAGCAUCAGCCUCCGGUCAGGGAACCCGAAGAAGAGAAAGACUAUUCCGACCUGCUCUCCAAACUGCGCGCAAACCGUAAAGACGCGCCAACGCCUGAAGACCAAGCUGACGAGAAGCGACGUCGACGCCGCCAGCUGGGCCGCGCAACAUCCACGCACUCAAUAGGGUCUACAGGGGAUGUUAGCUCGGGCAAUCUUGGUCUGGACGCCGAAGAUGAGGAUGAGACGAUCGUCAUCAAUGAGUAUCAGCCCAGCCAGGAGUUGGGGUGGGAUAGCCCCGGUGCUGCAAAAGCGAGAGAAACGAUGAUUAAGAAGCUGGGUGGCACGCUGAAAGAGAAGAGUGUGCCUGUAAAAGCUAUUGGUGGCGCGAUGGACGGGCCGAGCGAGAGUAAGCUGGCCGGCAGGGCAAAUCGGAAGAGAAGGCCAGGUUUCUAAAGAACGAUUAUGAGCGAAGAGUCAAGUAGAGACGUGUCAGUGGGAACAAUUGGUUAGACACAUAUCACGAGCAUAGCGCGGCGCACUUCCCAAUC